GGGCUUUGAAAUUCGAAAAAUAGUUUCCUAUCUUUGCAGUAAUCAAUGCUUCGAUUAAGAAGCAUAUGCUUCUUGUAGCAACUAUUUUUAAUAACAAAUGCGAUUUACUGCAUGAAUCUUAACAAUAUCUUCGACAUUCAUACAAUGAACUAAAUCGAUAUGAAUGGAAACUGGUUUGUUAUCAUAUAUGUGAUCUUGUACACAGAGAAACUAAUUCCCUUUAGAUAAUUUUACGCAAUUAAAGAUUCAGUUGCUUCAUUUAGUAAACUAGUUGGAUAUGAUAUCACUAAUCUGCAAUAUAAAAAGACGUCACCGCAGACCAGGGAACCUAGUAUAUAAGUAUGGUAAUCCUAUAAAUUAUUAACAAUGAGGAACACAAAACGAAAUCCAAUUAUAUCAAUGAUUCAGUUGAUUUGGAUGUAGCCAAGAUCCAAGUUGAAAGUAAUAAGGUUGUCUAUCCAACGCUUAAACUGAUGGAAACACCUAUACUGUUGGUAGCUAAGUAAGCCUAUUAUUCCUAUAAAUUUGUAUGAAAAAGUUCAGCGAAGAUAGACUUUAAGCUACCAGCUUCUGCAACAACGCCAAGUGGCAGUGAAUUAGUUGAGUAAGUUAUGUGUGUGGUUGUCUUCACUCAUAUUCUAUCGAAAAUGAAUAUAACUUUACAAAACCUUGAAGCAGCGGUCUCUGAUCUGAACGCUGAUAUUAAGCAGAUUAUGUGCAUUUCAAAUAAUGUAUCCCUAAAUAGUUUCUCAAGUAACAUCAGCGGACAAUCACAGUUUCAUUUCCCUGUCAAACAACAAGGAAUUUGACACCUUAGAAAUAUAUCUUCAACAAGAAGAUAUGAAGGACAGAUUUGUAAGAUCACGGAUUUUUUACAAUCCAUUUACAUAUUAGAUGGCCAAGGAGACCAAGUUUAUGGACGACAACUCAAAGACGUUAAGGAGAUAUUUUUGCCCCACAUUAUGGGACCGGAGUCGUCCAUCAAUUUCACUUCACCUGUAAUUUCAUAUAAAUGGAGGCUCAGCAAUUUAGAUUCUACCAAGGUAUGAGAUAGGAAUAGGUUUUUGUAAUAUUUGUUUGGCAGGCGCAUUAACAUUGAAGUUUAAAUCAGUCAGUGUACACAAAAGACACCUUGCUAAAAUUUGAGUCGCAACGCAAGAUUUCUUUUAAAAUAUGCAUCACAGAUAGACUAAAGCGUUAUCAAGAAAGGAAUGUGAGUAAUAAUUUACGCUGAUAAUCUUUCUCUUUUUGUUUUCUAGACUCAGUGGUUAAUUUUAUCGAAAAUUACUGUAUCACUUCAUGUUGUAACAUAAUCGUAAUAACAACUUUACACAAAACCCACUCUAAUCGUUAACCGUUAUUUAAUUUUAGAAUCCAAUUGACGAAAAUGUGGGAUCUCGAUGAAAACAGAGAUGUUUGACUUAAACGUGAAUGUUUCGAUCGAUAAGACUAUAGUUUAUGGAGGGACCAAUGAAAUUAAAGAGGGAAAGUCUUGGAUUCCAACGCAAAGUUUAUUCACCCAUAUGUCAGUCAAUCAGAGUAGAAUCUGGUAGCCUCGUACAUCGGUUCAAGUUGCCAUACUCCGUUAGCAAAGAGAGAUGAAAUUUCCAGACCUAAUCGCAGAAUAGUAAAGAUAGUAACAGUGUUAGUGGUAAUAAGAAAGAUUAGGCACCCAAGAUAUGAUUUGAGAGACAGAUAUAAAUUGGUGAGAUAAUUUUUUCUGGUUAGCGAUUUUUUAGCGAGUUGGUUUUCUACGGGUGAGAUGAAACACGAAAAAUGUUAUUAGGGGACUGAGAAACUCAGAAUUUGAAUGAGGAUAAAGAAUGGAUGCGCCUGCACCAUUGCAAGCGAUUUUGAGUGUUUUCGCUCAGAGUCUAACCAUUGGUUACGACAAUCACACGGUCCCCAACCAAGUAAUUUACUCCUAUUGAUAUAACUCAGUGCAGUUGUCAGUGACUUUAUGGACUGAUGGUAUUUUUUCAAUUGGCCAGCCUUAGCUUUCUCCCACUCGACUCCUACACCAGACAACAUAGUCCAUCAAGGUAGGCUAAGGUCAUGCAUAUGUUACAUAUGUCACAACCACCUCAGUUGAAUAAGUUUCAGUUUGGAAAGGACAGGAGGCCUGAUGGCCUGUGUUAGUCCUUGUAAUGGUGGUCGCUCAGUUGAUCCAACUUUCUUUUCAAAAAGUCGAUGGAUGGAGCCUCAAUCACGUGCUGAGGUAAUGAAUUCCACUCGUUGAUGAUUCGAUGGGAAAGUCAAUAGUCAGCUGACAAGUAAUUUGUUCUGAGCUUGUGAACUUUUUUGGAGUGUCCUCGUAAAUUCUCUGUUUUGGAAGACGAGAAAAGUGAGGGCAUAUCAUGUGCAAAUUUGGCACUAAGCAAUUUGAAAACUGUAAUCAAGUCGCCUCUAGUUCUACGAUAUGACAACAGUAAAAGGUUUAGCUUGGCCAGUCGAGCAUCAUACGGAAGCUUCGCUACUCCGGGAAUCAGUUUAGUUGCCGUUCUCUGAACCUUUUCUAGAAGCUUACUGUCUUUUUUAGCAGGGGCUAGCCGCUUGUACGCAGUACUCAAGUUUAGGGCGUACAAACACUGUAUACAAAGUCAAAAACGUUUUGGCUUCGAUAUGACUGAAAGCCCUACGUAUUGACCAUAAGGUUCUAAAACGCUUGGCGGCUAUUGCACGGCAGUGUGCAGUAGUCUUUAAGUCUUGGCUAACGAUGACUCCUAAGUCAUUAUGUGUCUGGACGACAGGCAGCUCAGUGUUAUUCAACGUGUAUGUAUCUGUACCUUGAUGACCGAUAUACAUCACAACACACUUGGAAGUAUUUAUCGGCAACUGCCAGAUUUCAGACCAUUCAGAUAAUUUCUUCAGGUCAUUUUGGAGUUCUAAGCUAUCACCCUUACAUCGUAACGUUCUCCAUAUCUUGACAUCGUCAGCAUAUAGCAAGACCGAUGAUGAUAGGAGAUGAGGAAAUUCAUUUACAUACAAUGGCCACAAAGCUGUACCCUGGGGCACUCCACUAAGCACAGUUUCCCAGCUAGAUAACUUUGAGUUCACCCGUACUCUUUGUUGGUGCCCAACUAGGAAGUCUUUUAUUCACAUCAAUAGAAUGCCUCCAAUCCCGACAUUUCUUAACUUAUGUAACAGCCGGUUGUCCGGAACUUUGCAAAAAGCUUUGCUGAAAUCAAUGCAGGCUACGUCUACAGGUAACUUUUGGUCCUUAAGAGCGCAUCAGCUUUCACGAGCGACUAAUAAGUUAGUGAGACAAGAAUAACCUAUUCUGAAACCGUGCUGCUUCUCCGAAAGGAUCCGAUUUUUAUCAAGAUACUCAAACAGCUCCUUCCGAAUAAUCUUUUCUAAGAUUUUAACAACCACGCUAACAGGUCGGUAAUUCUCAGGUUUAUGUUUCGUACCUGUUUUGAAGACAGGAUUUACUAUGGCGUUCUUCCAGUCUUUGGGUAAACGACCCUGCGUUACGGAUAGAUUAAAGCGUAUACUUAAAGGGUUCGCAACGAAGUUAGAUAAUUCCUUCAGUAGCCUAGGAUGCAAUUCUUCAGGCCCCGUGGAUUUACCUAUGUCAAGCUUAUUUAGCAGACCAAAGAUAUCGAGUUCUUUAACGGUCACACUAUCCAGUGUAUGUGUGGGGGAUUUGUAUGCGCUGACGGGAAGGGUGUUUCUAUGGUAUAUACAUUGCUAAAGUAGUCCGAGAACACUUGAGUCUUACCAAAGUCAUCCUCCACUAAUGAUGCAGCAGUACUGUCUCCCCAUAGAGCAGGAAUACUUCCUCUUCUUUUUGUCCUUCGGUUUAUAUAGGAAUACAAGCGUUUAGGACAUUCUAUGGAUUCCUUAAAAAAAUUUUCUCCGUACAACUUUCUAGACUUACGGAAAGUCGAGGCACAGGUAUUCCGGACUUUUCUAUGCUGGGAUCUAGUUUCAUCAGUCCCCAGUAACCUAAAUCUCUCCCACAUUUUUCUUCUCUUACGGAGAAGUAUGCGGACCUCCCUACUGAACCAUGGUGGGGAGUUUCUCGGUCCCCUUGCUAUAGUCCAAGGGAUGUGGGGUGCGGUAACUUAAGUAUAAAUUUCGAAAUCCGUCCCAAGCCGUUUCAGUUGAGGACUGGCUCUAUUGUCCAAUCUACUAACGAUACUGAGUGCAUGAUAUCUAGUAUGUUUGCUUUCCAGACGUUAGGUUUGGAUUGAGUUAACGCGUGCUCGUGAUUGAGUUAUAUGGAAGUCGAAAGUUAAAACUGCGUGAUCACUUUUACCUAGGGGUGGCAUGUGAUGGAGGUUCGCAACGUCAUCCUUAUAGUGAGUCAAUAUAAGAUCUAGUAAGGAUGAUUCACUGUCCGGGUCGUACCCAGUCGCUUUUUUUACAUGUUGCACUAGGGCACGUGAGAUAACCGCAUCAGCUAGUUCCUGCUCAAAGGGACUUUCUGACGAUUCAGUUUACAGAUUUUCCCGUUCUACCAUAGGUGCAUUAAAGUCCCCUAGGAUUAGACACCGACCAAUUUGUGACCAAGUAUUGAGACUGCUUAGCAGGAUAUCAUUUACCUCACAGCUUGAACUGCGAUAGACCAAACCAAUCAGUAGCUCUUGUCCCUUUCAUUUCAAGCGGCAACUAACUAAUUCACACGUCCCACUCUCAUGAGAUACAUUGUCGAUAAUGGCAAAUGGGAUAGCAUUCCUAAUGAAUAGAGCCACCCGCCCUCCUUUACGCUUUUGUAUUCUGUCGGCCCUUACUAACGUAAAACCCUCGAAAUCAAGUUCCAUACUAUCUAUAGCCUGUGUCAGCCAGGUUUCUUUAACUGCGAUUAUUUCUAGCUUUGUAGAGUCAAUCUGUACACCUAGUUCCAAUCGCUUAUUAAGUAAGCUCUGGGCAUUAGUGUAGCAGACCCGAAGCCUAUUUAAGUGGCUUCGGCAUCAUUCUCCGUCGAAGCCUUAAAACCAGAAGAUUUACAAUUUUCAUGUCCUUUUCGCCAGCGUCAAAACUAAGUUGUAGUUCUUCUUCGGCUUCCCGUCUUUUUAUGCGGUCUGCCAACGGCAAGUCCUUACGGAUAAAAACUCCUGAACCCUUUAAUUUAUGUCCAUUCUAUAAAAUUAAGUCGCGUUCAUUUGAAGGUUUGAAUACUACUUUAAGCAGUCUGGAUUGAUUAGGCUUCAGAUUCGCUAGACUACCUAGUCUGUACACCUUUAGCAAGAUGACUCCGGGGAUAUUUUAAGGCCUGAGUUGAUUAAGUAGCUGUUUUAUCAGCACAACAGCGUGCUAAAAAACGAUUUUUUGGUUCAGAGCUCUCUCUCCUUGAUUUUAUGAAAAAUAACUGAUUUGUCACUGUGAUCAGCCUUCGAUUUCUCGACUACUUUUAUGGGGGCAGAGUUCCCUUUUAUAUCGUUAUGUUGUUUCUCCCUUACAAAAUGUAUCCAUUCGUCAACGUUGCUAGGAGAAGCAACUAUAGUUGCGUCAAACAAACUGUGGGAUUCCAGAGGGUUGUUGACGAUUUGGGAGGUCAGGUUAUGUUUCCCGCUAGAAACCGGUUGAGCCUUGCGAUUGAGGCUUCUAGGCGUUUCCUGCUGGAUACCAUUUAGAAGGAGAAACUUCUUUUCUUGAGUUUUUGGCUAAGACAGACCUCUUUGAAGACUGUUUUUCCUCCUUUGGUCGGAGUGAGUCACCUGUUUUCGAACUCACCAGAGUUUGCUUCACAUCAAUUUGCGUGUCGACAGGGCGAGGACUGUUCGAUGUGUCCCGACCACGCUUGUCAAAACACUUUUUUGCUGCAUGUACCAAUGAGACGGCCUCGGUUAGCAAACUGUUUGCAUCCGAACAGCAGUGUUGACAAAACCAGACGAAACCGUUUUUACUGAAUCGUUUGAAAGCUGCAGGCGUUAAAUUCGUGCAAACUUCGUGGUACCAGCCUUUGCACUCAUCGCAUUGCAUGCCGCUUUCAACGGGAUAACGACAGCCCGGACGUUGGCAAUUGCUUUUUUUGCACUCUCCAGUCAUGAAACAGGGAUUUGUUUAAAAAGAACAUCUGCAAACGCUGCAGCCAGUGUUACUGGUGCCUCUAUUAUCCAAUUUGCGACUAUUAUCAUGAUUUACCUCAGUCUCAGUCACGAUCGAGAGAAGAAAUUCCCCGUUUGAGUAAACUUUUUUCUCCGACAUAAAGAACAACGAAAUACAAUCUCAACACGAUAGUCUGCACACUGUACUGCAGUCAUUUGAUAACCGCAGUCAUAGGUAUAGGAACUUCUUAGUAGUCUCAUCUCUUGUAGCCGCUCAAUAGUCACUUCUCUAAAAUCCUCUAUAAACCGAUCGUAUGUGAUCAUCAGGUGUUGAACUUGUCUUCGUGACCUUGAAAUUCCUAAAACGCUUCUGAUUAGCUCGUCCAUAUAUUACAGUCUCGCAAUGAUUGAUAUUUUUGCCACCUGCAAAUAAAAUCAAUAUGGACAGAUUUCCUCCUAAAUGUAAAUUAUUUUCCUUACUGAGACCAAAUGUGUAGAAAGGUAAAUUUCUCUAGGCAAGUAAAGGCAAACGUCAACAUUUAGAAGGUAAUUAGAAUAUCCAAUAUUUAAAAAAACAGAUGCAACCCUUUGAAACUUCAAAAGCUAAAAAUCUGGGUUUGGUAUGAUAUGAAGCCUAAUACGGAGAAAAAAUCCAAGGAAAAUGUUGAAGAGUGUGCAGCAAUCCAAACAAGACUUAAAAGAACCAUACGUUACCUCAACGUUCCGCAAGCACUUGAAUUUUCCUCAUUUCU